GGCGUUGCGGUCCCGCCUCCAGCCACACCCAGGCCACGCCCCCGGGGGAGCUCCGCCCCUCGCCUGGCUCCGCUCUCCCGGGAGCUGGGGCUUUGAGCGUCCCGGGUUGGGCGGGUAACUGGUAGCAUCGCUCCUAGGAUGCGAGGGCCAUUUCUCGCCGGCCGGGGGUUAGACCCUCGGGAAGCUGAGCCAUCCCAUCCAGCCGCUUGCCCCAAACCGGGCGCAGGCCGUGGUCACUUCUCUAGGAAGCUCGGAAGAUCCCGCCACUCCGUCCCUCAAAGGUGCGGAAAGCCGGCUUCCCCCAGCCCUCGGGGAAGAUUCCUGACUCUCCGCUUGGUCGGGGCAUCUGAGGGCAGGAGCUGCGCCAGGCGUACCGGAUAGACCAGUGGACAACACCCACGCCGGACCUUCUGUCCCCUACCCGGACCUAGACUCGGCUCCACACAUUGCCCCGGGGGGGCCAGGCGCAGUCACGCGCGCGCAGAGCUCACGCUCUCCGCCCCGCACACCUGCGCUCCGCCUCCUGGUCCUGGGCCCGCGACGGGCGAAGGCAUUUGGGAAGCCAGGACAGCUGCGGAGGCGAUCUCCCUGACCCAGGGCCGGAGUUGCCCGGAGCCUGCCUCCGCUCUCAGUCAGCCCGCAUCCUUCUCUGUCCUUCCCUCCCCCCGCCUGCCACGGCGCGGGUGUCCGCAGCCACAGCCCGGGGCCGGUGAGGCGGCGAAGGGGGAGGGGAGGAAUCAAGGGAUGAGCGCCGGAAGGGCGUCGGGGGCCCCGAGCCGCACUAGGACGCCCCUGGAGCCGGAACCUGAGCAGAAGCCGGAACCAGAACCAAAUCACCGCUGCAGCCCCCUAAACCCAGGAGGCGCCCUGGCCCGCGCUCGCCCCCCAGGGCCUCAUGUCGGAACCACAGCCUGACCUGGAACCGCCCCAACAUGGGCUGUAUAUGCUCUUCCUGCUUGUGCUGGUCUUCUUCCUCAUGGGCCUGGUAGGUUUCAUGAUCUGCCACGUGCUCAAGAAGAAGGGCUACCGCUGCCGCACGUCGAGGGGCUCCGAGCCUGACGAUGCCCAGCUUCAGCCCCCUGAGGACGAUGACAUGAAUGAGGACACAGUAGAGAGGAUUGUUCGCUGCAUCAUCCAAAAUGAAGCCAAUGCUGAGGCCUUGAAGGAGAUGCUGGGGGACAGUGAAGGAGAAGGGACAGUGCAGCUGUCCAGUGUGGAUGCCACCUCCAGCCUGCAGGACGGAGCCCCCUCCCAUCAUCACACAGUGCACCUGGGCUCUGCAGCCCCUUGCAUCCAUUGCAGCCGCAGCAAGAGGCCUCCACUUGUCCGUCAGGGACGCUCCAAGGAAGGAAAAAGCCGCCCCCGGACAGGGGAGACCACUGUGUUCUCUGUGGGCAGGUUCCGGGUGACACACAUUGAGAAGCGCUAUGGACUGCAUGAACACCGUGAUGGCUCCCCCACGGACAGGAGCUGGGGCUCUGGUGGGGGACAGGACCCAGGGGGUGGUCAGGGGUCUGGGGGAGGGCAGCCCAAGGCAGGGAUGCCUGCCAUGGAGAGGCUGCCCCCUGAGAGACCACAGCCCCAGGUCCUAGCCAGCCCCCCAGUACAGAAUGGAGGACUCAGGGACAGCAGCCUAGCCCCUUGUGCACUUGAAGGGAACCCCAGAGCUUCUGCAGAGCCAACACUGAGGGACGGAGGGAGGGGCCCAAGCCCAGGGCUGCCCACUCAAGAGGCAAAUGGGCAGCAAAGCAAACCGGACACUUCCGAUCACCAGGUAGGAAAACACAGCCAGGACUGUACUGGGCUGGGCUCUUAUUGCUCUCUACUCUGGGGGGCACUGAUAUGACCUAGUCCUGUUCUCUCGUUGACCCCUCCCCUUUCUCUCAGGUGUGUCUACCACGGGGAGCAGGGGGUAUGUGAGGUGAGUCUGCCUGAGCCCUAAAUGAGGUAAUCUCAUCUUCCCAUCACCUACUUAAACUACUUAAGCCUUUCAGCUCCCUGAACCCCCAGAGAAUAAACUGCAGGCUUACCCUUUGCUAUAAACCCCUUGGUUUGGUGGUGGAGGUAGGGAAGGUCCUGCAGCCCCAGGGGAAAAGCUGGAUACAGCUUGAACAGGAAGCAACACUGUUACUCUUCCUCUUCUCCAAGUCUCCUUCUUCAUCGUGCUGAUGGACUACCAGCUGACAGGGCCAGGGUGUGGGUGGGCGUGAAGGCCCUCCCCUCCACUGGACAGCACUGCCCCCCAGCUGAGGGACCAGCUCUACUUCCACCUGGAGUUACACGGUCUCAGGCUGGGGGCCUCAGGAGAGGUCACGGCCGCUCAGUCUCUUCUCCUUCCCCUGCCUGCAACAGGCUGCCUGACCCGCCUUCCCCAACACCUCGCUCCCUAUGAUAGAGCGUGGCAACUGGGAGCAGGCCCCUGCCCCUGGUGGGCCCCUAAAGCAAUAGCACCAUAGGCCCCCUGCCCUCUUAGCACAAGAGGCCCAGGCCCUGGCCUGGCCUUCGUGCCCUUUAUUCAUUGUCAAUAAAUCCGCUCAGACCAUUACAGCUGCUUUGCA